GAGCAGUUUGUAGACGUGUACGGGUUAAUCAAGUCUCAGGUGUUACGUUACCGUUGUCCAGUCAACUUCACGCUACCUCUCGCUACAGAUGUAAACACCAUCUGGCCUCCUGUCGCAGAGAAUUAAUCGUGAAUAGCAUCUGUCGUAUUCUGUUCGUGACUGUGAAUAUGUAGAGAAAGAGAAAAUAUUCCAUAUAAGUUUCGAGCGUUUUAAAUUAGCCGGGGGACAUUACACCUAGGUAUUACUUCUCAUUCUGGACAUCUUAAUGAAAAGCGUAUAAGCCCUUGGGCGGGAGUGGAGGAGGCGGGGGCGGAGGAGGUGCGUCUGAGGGCGAGGGCGCAGCGUUCGUCGGGCGCAGGAUGACCGGGUUACGCCUAGAGGUAGGCUGCUGGCGGAGGGGUGGGGGGGCACGUGGCACCGGAUGGGGCGAACCAAGCAGGUGGCCACAGAUGCUAUGGAGACGCCCCUCAACAGGUGUCUCUCCACCCUGGAUAUCACCCUCCUGGGUAUCGGCCACAUGGUUGGAGCUGGCAUCUACGUCCUGACGGGGACGGUGGCGAAGGACACGGCAGGACCCGCUAUCAUCAUCUCCUUCCUGCUGGCCGGGUUCGCAUCUCUCCUGGCCGCCCUGUGCUACGCCGAAUUCGGGGCCCGGGUGCCCAAGGCAGGCUCGGCCUACGUCUACACCUACGUGACCAUCGGCGAGUUCUGGGCGUUCGUCAUCGGCUGGAACAUCGUCCUGGAACACAUGAUAGGAGCCGCGUCAGUAGCCAGAGCCUGGUCAGGCUACAUCGACUCCCUCUUCAACGGCACGAUCAGCAACGCGACCAAGUCCACCAUUGGCACCCUGCAUUCUGGAUACUUAUCCGAAUAUCCGGACUUCCUGGCCUUCGCCGUCACUCUGAUCUACUGCGGUUUCCUCACUCUCGGGGUCAAGGGCUCGGCCUACUUCAACUCCAUCUUCACGCUCAUCAACCUCUGCGUCAUGCUCUUCGUCAUCAUCGUCGGCAUGGCCUUCGCAGACAUCAGCAACUGGAACACGGAGGGGGGCUUCGCGCCCUUCGGCGCCUCAGGGAUCAUCGCCGGUGCUGCCACCUGCUUCUACGCCUUCGUCGGGUUCGACAGCAUCGCUACGGCGGGAGAAGAGGCUAAGAAUCCUGCGAAGUCCAUCCCGCAGGCGACUCUGGUUUCCAUGACGAUCGUGACUAUAGGUUAUAUCUUGGUCGGCGCCACGCUGACACUCAUGGUUCCCUAUUACACCCUCAAUCCGGCGGCUGCCUUGCCAGAUGCCUUUGCCGCCCACGGGGCGACGUGGGCUAAGUACGUCGUCAGCGUGGGCGCCCUUUGCGGCAUGACGACCACACUCUUCGGCUCCCUGUUCAGUCUUCCGAGAUGCGUCUAUGCCAUGGCCGUCGACGGGCUCCUCUUCUCGUGGUUGGCUCGCGUCUCUGAGAAAACGAAGGUCCCCGUGAUCACCCUCGUCCUGUGCGGAUUCUUCUCGGCGCUCAUCGCCCUGGUGUUCGACAUCGAGAAGCUGGUGGAAUUCAUGAGCAUCGGUACCCUGAUGGCGUACACCAUUGUCAGUGCCUCUGUUAUUAUCCUGCGGUAUCAGCCUGCGUCUAGGUGCAACAUUAAAAGUCCUACUCACUCCCUGGCACCAACACCGGGCACUUUAACCACGCCCACCACGCCCACGCCCAAAGAAACUCCUGACGGCGAGGGCGGCGAACUGCGAGCAUCGUGCCGGUGGCUGACGAAGGUCGUGGGCGAGCGAGAGGGCGGUUCUGUGGUGGCCUGGGCUGUCGUCCUCUUCACCAUCACCAGCGCCAGCUUCUGCAUCCUCCUGCAGUGGGGCUCCGAUUUCCUGGCUCUGCCCUACCCUGCUGCCUGGGCUAUCAUAAUCGCCAUUAUUCUCGUCUGUGUUCUUAUAUUUAGCGUGCUGGUCAUCUUGGCUCACCGUCAGAACCAGCUGGUUCUCUCCUUCACGGUUCCCCUGGUUCCGCUGUUCCCCCUCACUUCCAUCUUCAUCAACGUGGGCCUCAUGGUCCACUUGAACCCCAUGACGUGGAUACGAUUUAUCGUCUGGAUGGUUAUCGGUUUAUUGGUCUACUUCGCCUACGGCCAGUAUCACUCGCGAGAGGGAGAACCAGUAAGUAGCUACUCCACUCUCCUGACAGAGCCCACCCCAGCCGGAAACACGGUUUUCGGCUCUGUUCAACACACGUUGUCGAACGUGACCGCCAAAAUUGCAUCGGCCGCUUCUGAAGACAAAAAACCGAUAGUUGAUCAAGAGAGUGGGACGGAAAUGACAACUUUGUCCGAAAGUAGCCCAGACCCGAAUACGACAGCUUAAAACAUUAGGAAAACUAUACACCCACCUAUUAGAGGAUGGAGGAUGUUGUUAAGUAUGUAAGCACACAAUACACAUUAUGUAUAUGUGUUUGUACGUAUGUACUGUGCAUGUAUUUGCAUCACCUAAACAAACCUUUAUAUAUUUUUUUCUCCUACACAGCUGUGGUGCUUGGAUGUUGCGUGCAGACAUAAUAUAUAAUAUAAUAAUAAUCAUCCUUCAGUGAUUUAGCUGUCACAUUACUAACAUUUUUUCCCUACUUCAAACAAAUACUUUUUUUUUUUUUUUAGAAAAAAGCGGAAUUUGGAGGUUGAAUAAAUAUCUAUAAAUUAAGAUGGUUUAAUUAACUCGACGAAAUGAUUUAGUUGUAAGUUCACAAAUAUACGUAUUUUUAUUCCUAGACUAGAAAGUUGUAAUCUGAGAUGCAUUGCUGCUUCUCAUUGAUGAUCUCACACACACACAAAAAUAAAAUACGUAUCUGGUUAGGGUUUCAGAGAUGUGUAAUAUUCAGUCAUUUGUGUGAAAAUGGAAUUAUGUGUCACAGAUUUCUAGCUUCACACAACUCGAGGACCCAGUUCUCUUCAUAGUAUAUGUGUGAAAAUGGAAUAUUUCUUUUUAACCUUUCACCACUUACUGCACCUCAUACGAUGGUUACAGCCAUUCUUGUUUUUAUCAUCUAGAACAGCUAGAUAACAUAGCCUCGUUUCUAGCUAUAUAGAUUUUAUUAUGUUUUCAAGAUAUAUUUCCCGUGAGACGUGCAAUUUUGAAAUGACACGCAAUUCAAUAACUGUCCUGUGUAGUGCUGUAAUUCGUAACGUAAGGAUGAAAUUCAGACCAAAAAUCAUGGCUGAGAUUUGAACAAAUUUUCUGUAACACUUUCAUUAUUUUGUAAAACCUGUAACGGUCAGGGACGGAAAAAUUGGAAAUGAACACGCUAGUAGGAACUUUUAUAAAUUUUGUAAUCUGUAGUUAGAGAAUAAAUGAAGACAAAUCUGACCUCAUAUAAAACUGGAAAUUGUAAGUCAGCUUUUUGCGAGAUGAUUUUGAUAGGUAGCGAAAGAAUACCGAGAAGUCUUGGCACGUUGCAGUGCUGUUGAUCAGUGACACUUUGCAAGAAACAAAUGUCUAGCCGAUUUUGCUCUCCACUCGUGAAGUGACUAUGAAUAACCAUCUUGUAUCCUUCUUCUUCAAGUGUCAAUCCCUAACGAGUGUUGGAGAGAAGCUAGAGAAAUGAAUCAUUCUUGAGUUAUUCAAUAUGGAAACAGUUUGACCUUAUUAUGGAGGAGUGUUUUUCAUUUCUAAGCAACUAACAAUCGUAAAUGAGACCUUAGAUGUAUUAUUUAUUAAAUAACUAAUUUCCCUGGUCUAAUAUUCUAAAAGUCUGGAUGAGAUACAAAUUUAACUUCUAAAAUAGUAACUCAAGUCAUUGGUUUUUUAUUUCUGUUCUGUGAGAGUUGAUAUUUUCUUUUCAGUGUUCCCAAGAAGAAGUUGUGCUUGUAAACUAAAAAUUUAGUCAUUUUCAUUUACACACCUCUCAGUUUAAAUAGCAAUUUUCAUUUACACACCUCCCAGUUUAAAUGGCAAUUUUCAUUUACACACCUCCCAGUUUAAAUAGCAAUUUUCAUUUACACACCUCUCAGUUUAAAUAGCAAUUUUCAUUUACACACCUCCCAGUUUAAAUAGCAAUUUUCAUUUACACACCUCUCAGUUUAAAUAGCAAUUUUCAUUUACACACCUCCCAGUUUAAAUAGCAAUUUUCAUUUACACAAAUCCAUAAAGUAACGAGCUAUGGCCUUUUUAAACCCCAACAGAGGAUAGAGUUUCAUAUCCUGAUACCUAAAUAGGAAUAAAACUUUUAUUUCCAAAUAAACGAGAAGUUAAUAAAGACAUUUUUAUUUCCAGAUACCUACAUAUUGGAUAAAGAUUCUAUUGAGACGUAUUCAUAAGUACUAUUACACUUUUUUUUUACAAAUACCUAAGUAGUAAAUAAAAAUAAAACGUGUGGUUCAAAAUGUCCAGACAGUGAACAUCAAUUUAUUUACCAAAUGUCUUUUCACAGAGAACAAUAUGUCAAUAGUGAUUCAAUUUUUCCUUUGCUUAUAUCUGAAUAGUGAUCGAAGUUUCGUUUCCAUAUAACUAGAUAGUGAAUGAAGUCUUCAUUUCUGUCUCUUGUUAGUGAAAACAGUCUUCAUUUCAAUAUAUCUAUAUAUAGUAAAUAAAGCUUUCAUUACAGAUUUUCUAGAAUUUAGUCAUUGCCAAAUAUUUAUGCCAAACAUAGCUGAGGGUCUUGGACCAGGCGCAGUAUACUAAACAAAAAUGAAUAAACAAAUAAAAAAAGCUGUAAAUAUGUCAUUUACAAAUCCCUGAGUGGGAAUAAUGGCAACCUGGAAUUCUAUAUAGUUUCAAAUCCUAGAACUAUUUUUGUGCUGGAUUGUAUGCAUGUGGAAUAAACUGUGAAGUCAUGCAA